AUGCCCACAGAGGACACUCACUCAAAUUCAGAGGCUGAAAAUUUCAAUCACGAGAAUGACUCCCAACACACGGAAGGUAGCGUCCGUACUUUGGUUUUAAGAUCGCGCAAGCUCUCCACCUACACCUCGCCCUACUUCGAGAUGAUCAACAUCGGUCAUGAGGGCUUCGUAACCCCGGUUUAUGAGAUUUCAUUUUGGCGAAGCCUUGCUCAUCUUGAUGUUUGGCUUGUUUUCUACACAACGUUUGUGAUGUGGGGUAUCGGCAUGACCAUGACGGGAAACUGGAAUAUUAAAACCAUGCUCGCUGCGCGGGAUCCAAACACCACCUACGCGAAGUAUAUUCUUUUUGCUUCCAUGUCCGGUAUUAGUGCAGCUACAGGGCGAACUUUCAUUGGAACCUAUGAGGAGGUUCUAAACAGGAUGUAUUUACGUUUUGGAACCCCAAUGGUGUCUACGUGGGCCUACCCCGUUGCUUCAAUUGGGAUGUUUAUUUCUAUGAUCUUAUGGAUUGCCCUUCCGGGUAAUUAUGCUAUGAUUAUUCCCUACAUUUUGGGACCUUAUAUGUUCGGUAUGAGCCAUUCGAUGACAUUUUACAUUCUCAACACCAUGUUUGACCGCGACAUUGGGAUGCAUUACAGUUUCUCCUUCCUUGCCGCGGCAAUUGGGCUCUUUAUUUUCUAUUACUUGGUAUGGUUUCUGCCGUACAAUCAUUAUUCGACUGUUUACCCAUUUUAUGGUCGUAUUUGCGUCGGUAAACGGAAGUGCAUGAAUACAACCCUUGCUAUUUACGUUGCCCUUUCAUUCAGCAGCAUAUUAACGUCAUUCUGGUUCCACUUUCGCUACAAGAAACUCCUUGAGGGAAAGAGAUCCAAGGAAAGGGAAACUUCAUGA